UGUUCCAAUACUUCACAAGUAGUUUUGUUGACGUUUGCAUCUUGUCGAAUGUUGUGAGCGUCGCCAUGUCGGAAAGCACUUUUCGUCAUACAACGAAAGAGGCUCGAGUACCUCGUUUGUUCAAAGAAGCCAAAAAAAUAGUCCAGAAAGUUAGAGAAGAAGGUGGAAAUUUUAAAGGCCUUGUAUAUGAAUCAAAGGGAUCUAAAUCAAAGGAAGGAGGGGGGAGAUUAAAGGCUUUGUAUGCCCUAGUAUCAGAAACCCUUCGUCAUGGUUCUGAGCUGGAUUUGAUUCUUCGUAACACACAGAUUUUGAUGAAGGAGCCUCGUCUUGAUGCCUGGCUAGCACGGGUUCUCAUAACACAACUUUUGUGGCGAAAACAGCCACUUUCUAGUCCUGCUUUACCAAUCAAGAUUAUCCUCAGUUAUGAGGCUGCUCUUCGAGCUCAGCAGGAAAAGUUGUCAUCCUGUAUUUCACAGACAGUUUCCAAAAAGCGGCCCAGAUACAUCCGCAUUAACACCCUCAAGACAUCAGAACAAGAAGUUGUCGACUUCUUUGUUCAAGAUGGGUGGAAUGAAGUCUGGACAAAAGGCACAAAUGAUUAUGCUGAGUUCCUUACAAGAGUUUCCUCAUUAUCUGAAAAGGAGUUCAUGCGUGAUAUGCACAUUCCAAAUCUUUUGAUUUUUCCUGACAGUGUAAAGUUUUAUGAUAUAAAAUAUUACCAGGAUAAUUAUCUUAUCUUGCAAGAUAAGGCCAGCUGCAUGUCUGCUUUGCUAUUGGACCCAAAACCAGGAAGUGUUGUAUUAGACAUGUGUGCUGCUCCUGGAAUGAAGACAACCCAUGCAGCUGCCCUUUUGAAUAACUCAGGAACUCUGUAUGCAAUUGAGAAAAAUCGAGGUCGUUAUUCUAGCCUUUGCAAAGUUGUUUCCAACUCUGGGGCCACUUGUGUGAAAACUAUUUUAGGCUGUUCUAUUAAUAGUGAUGGAUUAUCACUGCCAAAUGUUGAGUAUAUUUUGGUAGAUCCUUCUUGCUCUGGGUCGGGCAUGGCUAGCCGUCAAGAUGUAUUUAAUGAAUUAGAUGAUAUCCCAAAGGAGCGCCUUGAAAAGCUUGCUGGAUUCCAAUCUCACAUUCUUCGGCACGCUAUGACAAAUUUUCCUAAUGCUAAGCGUAUUGUCUAUUCAACAUGUUCAAUGUGCCCGGAAGAGAAUGAAGCUGUAAUUCAGAAUGUGUUAAGCACAACAGAAAACUUUAAGCCUGUUUCACCAGAUAUUUGUCUUCAAUGGAUGCAGAAAGGAUCAACAUCUUACAAGUGGGGUGAUUUUGGUUUUUAUGCAAGACCGGAAGUUAACUUGACUAGUGGAUUUUUUGUUGCUGUCUUUGAACGCACAGAACAUGAGUAUGUUCCAGGGGAAAAAUUAUAGAUCAAGGGAGAAAAAAUAAAAGUCACAAAGCUAUUCAAAAGCCUGAAAACAUAGCUCAAUCUAAAUCUAGAAAAAAAGAUAAGAAUAGAGGUGUAUCUAAAUCCAUUAAUAAAGCUAAGAAUGCAACUUCAUCCAAACCAAUAGCUUUGAAUAGGAUAAUGAAAGCCAUGGGUACUGUUAAACAGUGCUAUGAGGCUGCAGAUACUUAAUGUCACCAGGAAGCCUUUUGACUAUGUGCUGCAUGAUAGAAGAUAAAAAUCAGCAAAAGCCCAAUGUUACGACAAUUGUGAUUAAGUAAACGUUCACACUUGGCUAAUUGUAAUACUCCUCUUGCAGUUGUGGUUAAUAAAAUGCUCAGACGUA